CGUCCAUGAAUGUUCACCGUCCUUGUAAAAAAUCACAUCCUGUAACAAGGCGAAAUGUGAGAUUGUUUUUACUUUCCAGGUAGAAAGGCGAUAUGAGAUUUAAGAUGUGAUCUUCUUCCUAAGGAUAUCUCCAAGCAACAGAGGACCCACGGCAACAACAAAAAGCCAUAAAUCCCAUCCCAAUAAUGUGUGCGUGUCAGGGACUGAGAGUGAACCCUCAACGGCCUCCUGUCUUCACACAGGAGUACCAGUCCCCCACUCUCUCAAGUCUCAAGUCUCAAUUCUCAACGUCUGAGUCUCUCCAGUCAUAACUCAUAACUCAUAACUCAUAACUCAUAACCGAUCCGCCACUCUAUCUCUCUUCUCAACUCCCGUCGUGACGUGACCCCCUUACCUAAAAAAAAAAAAAACUUCUCGUCGUGCAUCGAUGGUCUCCUUUAUAUAAUCUCUGAAACCCGAAAAGAACACAAAGGCAAAUGGGAAUCUCAAAAAGGUCAGAGCAGGAACGUCUAAGUCAUCUCUGUUACAAAUACUCCGUUUCUCUUUUACUUUGUCGCUGAAAAGAACACGCACUCAUGCCGGAGUAGUAAAUGGAGAAGAGGAAGGAAGCGAGACCCAAGCCACAGAGGUAAGGUGGCUUCGUAAAAUUCCAUCGCUCUCUUCCGGUCCCCAUUUUUACAUCAUAGAUGGCGUCGCCACCCUCGGGCCAGCACCCAUUCCGUACAGCAUCAACGACGAGGUCGACUGCAACGGGCACGGGUAAGUUCCAAUGUCAAAAUAAAUCCUCCUUUCUCACCGACGGGAUCACUUUCAUCGGAGUCGCCAUGGCGAGUUUGCUACUCGUCUGGGCUGUCUGGUCUUUCAUAUACUUUAAACCCAGUCCCGGUCCUGAUGUAUUUUCUACGACGACCAACACCAAGAAGGUCUUCACCGCGAAGGACUGUGGUGGCGUUAACUUACGCCACGACCCACCUGAUCCAACAUUCUACGACGACCCCAGCCUCAGCUACUCCGUCGGGGACGGGAAACCCAUGAAGAACUGGGACGAGAAACGAAAAGACUGGCUGAAGCACCACCCAUCGUUCGCCGCUGGAGUGAAGGACCGGAUUCUGCUGCUCACGGGGUCGCAGCCAUCGCCGUGCAAAAACCCGAUCGGUGACCACCUGCUGCUGAGAUUCUUCAAGAACAAAGUUGACUACUGCAGAAUCCACGGGUACCAGAUCUUAUACAACAAUUUGCAUCUCCAGCCGAAGAUGACGUUCUUCUGGGCGAAGAUACCGGUGGUAAGGGCGGCGAUGUUUGCUCAUCCGGAGGUGGAGUGGAUAUGGUGGCUGGAUUCGGACGCGGCAUUCACGGACAUGGAGUUCAAGUUGCCUCUGGACAAGUACAGGGAUCACAACAUGGUGAUCCAUGGGUGGCCCGAUAAGAUAUACGGAAAGGAGCCGAGCUGGUUGAGUAUAAACGCCGGGGUUUUCCUGAUCCGGAAUUGCCAGUGGUCAUUGGACAUGAUGGAUGAGUGGGCAUCCAUGAGCACACUGACACCGGCCGCCGACGAGUGGGGUCAGAAGCAGAUGGAGACCUUCAAAGACAAGGUGUUCCCGGAUUCGGAUGACCAGUCAGCCCUGGUGUACCUGAUGCUCAAGGGGAAGAAGCCGUGGGCGGAGCGGAUCUACGUGGAGACGGAGUUCUACUUCGAGGGCUACUGGGUGGUGAUCGUUGGUACGCUGGAGACCAUACAGGAGGAGUACGCGGAGAUAGAGAGGAGGGAGCGUCUGCUGAGGAGACGACACGCUGAGGUAGUGAGCGAGCACUACGGGGAGGCGAGGGAGUCGUACCUGGAACGGGAACUGGAGCAGAACGGCAAAAAGGGUAAGUGGAAGCGGCGUCCGUUCAUCACGCAUUUCGUGGGGUGUCAGCCAUGCAACGGGAAACGCAACCAGAUGUACUCAGAAGAGAGGUGCUUGCAAGGGAUGGAGAGCGCCCUCAACUUCGCCGACAAUCAGGUGCUCCGUACCUUUGGGUUCGUGCAUCCUCACCUGCUGAAUUCCUCGGUGUCGCCUUUGCCGUUUGAUUAUCCCGCCGAAGAAUGACUAACCGUUGCUACAUAAUAAUACUAGUCACUGGGGAUGAUGAUCGAUAGUCGAUACCCACAGCCAUACAAUUCCUCUCUUUUCUUCCAUCCUCCUCUUGAUUCCCCAUUCUUUUGCAGAUAGAUGUAGUAGCUCUCUCUCUCUCUGUUGAGUCAUCUUCUUUUUAUCUUAAUUAUAUAUGUACUUAGCAAAUAUAGUCCUCUUUAUUGUCUUUUAUCAUUUCUUCAUAUGUUACUUAUGACCCCUUGGAUUUUA